GAGGAGGAGAAGGAGGAGGAGGGAGAACCCCGUGCAACGUUGGGACUUGGCAGCCCGCCUCCUCCUGCCCAAGGAUAUUUAAUUUGCCUCGGGAAUCGCUACUUCCAGAGGGGAACUCGGGAGGGAAGGCGCGCGCGCCUGAAGGGCCAAGCUGGGACUCCUCGGUCGCCGCUGCCUCCCUGCACCGGACUCGACCAGGGGCGGCGAGGGAUGCAUCUUAGCUUCUUCUCGGCUGCAGAGACUCGGGGAGACUUGAUCCUCAGAAGAUCGCCGCUGCACUCACCCUAGAUACACUGCCUUCCCCUCUGGGCAUGAAACGCCCUUAAACUCGGGACGGGCAAUCUUCCUUGGUGCAGCUACCGCGUCCUUCGGCUGCCCCUCCCCAGCGCCUAGAACAGCGAGGAUUUCGGAAUCAGGGUUCCUGCUCGCUCCAGCCCGGAGUGUAUGUGCGGGGCCGCAUCGAGAAGCCUCCCCCUACCCAGUUUUUCGGCACCUUCCUCUGCUCCGCAGCAGCAUGGCGAGCCCUCCGGAUACCGAUGGCUUCUCGGACGUGCGCAAGGUGGGCUACCUGCGCAAACCCAAGAGUAUGCACAAGCGCUUUUUCGUACUGCGGGCAGCCAGCGAGGCCGGGGGCCCGGCGCGCCUGGAAUACUAUGAGAACGAGAAGAAGUGGCGGCACAAGUCGAGCGCCCCCAAACGCUCGAUCCCCUUGGAGAGCUGUUUCAACAUCAACAAGCGGGCUGACUCCAAGAACAAGCACCUGGUGGCUCUCUACACCCGAGACGAACACUUUGCCAUUGCGGCAGAUAGCGAGGCUGAGCAAGACAGCUGGUACCAGGCUCUUCUGCAGCUGCAUAACCGAGCAAAGGCCCACCAUGACGGCGCUGGAGGUGGAGGCUGCGGCGGUAGUUGCAGCGGCAGCUCUGGCGUCGGAGAAGCAGGGGAGGACUUGAGCUAUGACACGGGCCCAGGACCUGCGUUCAAGGAGGUCUGGCAGGUUAUCCUGAAACCCAAAGGUCUGGGUCAGACAAAGAACUUAAUUGGCAUCUACCGCCUCUGCCUGACCAGCAAGACCAUCAGCUUUGUGAAGCUCAACUCCGAGGCAGCGGCUGUGGUGCUACAGCUAAUGAACAUCAGACGCUGUGGCCACUCAGAGAACUUCUUCUUCAUCGAGGUGGGGCGUUCUGCCGUGACAGGACCCGGCGAGUUCUGGAUGCAAGUGGAUGACUCCGUGGUAGCCCAGAACAUGCAUGAGACCAUUCUAGAGGCCAUGCGGGCCAUGAGCGAUGAGUUUCGCCCACGCAGCAAAAGCCAGUCUUCAUCCAGUUGCUCCAACCCCAUCAGUGUUCCCCUUCGCAGGCACCACCUCAACAACCCUCCACCCAGCCAGGUGGGGCUGACUCGCCGAUCUCGCACUGAGAGCAUCACCGCCACCUCCCCUGCCAGCAUGGUGGGAGGGAAACCAGGUUCCUUCCGAGUGCGAGCCUCCAGCGAUGGCGAAGGCACCAUGUCCCGUCCAGCAUCAGUGGAUGGUAGUCCUGUGAGCCCGAGCACCAACAGGACCCACGCCCAUCGGCACCGAGGGAGCUCCAGGCUUCACCCCCCACUCAACCACAGCCGCUCCAUCCCUAUGCCUUCUUCCCGCUGCUCACCUUCAGCCACCAGCCCAGUAAGUCUGUCAUCCAGUAGCACUAGUGGCCAUGGCUCCACCUCAGACUGUCUCUUCCCGAGACGAUCUAGUGCUUCCGUGUCAGGUUCUCCUAGUGAUGGCGGUUUCAUCUCUUCUGAUGAGUAUGGUUCUAGUCCCUGCGAUUUCCGCAGUUCCUUCCGCAGUGUCACCCCAGAUUCCCUGGGUCACACCCCACCAGCCAGGGGUGAGGAAGAACUGAGCAACUAUAUCUGCAUGGGUGGCAAGGGAGCCUCCACCCUGACUGCUCCCAAUGGUCACUACAUUUUGUCUAGGGGUGGCAAUGGCCAUCGCUACAUCCCAGGUGCUAACUUGGGGACAAGCCCAGCGUUGACUGGGGAUGAAGCCACCAGUGCAGCAGAUCUGGACAACCGGUUUCGGAAGAGAACUCACUCCGCAGGCACGUCCCCUACCAUUUCCCAUCAGAAGACCCCCUCGCAGUCUUCAGUGGCUUCUAUUGAGGAGUAUACAGAGAUGAUGCCUGCUGCCUACCCACCAGGAGGUGGCAGUGGAGGCCGACUGCCCAGCUAUCGGCAUUCCGCCUUCGUGCCCACCCACUCCUACCCCGAAGAGGGUCUCGAGAUGCACCCCUUGGAGCGUCGUGGGGGCCACCACCGUCCAGACACCUCCACCCUGCACACUGAUGAUGGCUACAUGCCCAUGUCUCCAGGGGUGGCGCCAGUGCCAAGCAACCGUAAAGGGAAUGGGGACUAUAUGCCCAUGAGCCCCAAGAGUGUCUCUGCCCCACAACAGAUCAUUAACCCCAUCAGACGUCACCCUCAGAGAGUGGACCCCAAUGGCUACAUGAUGAUGUCUCCCAGUGGCAGUUGCUCCCCUGACAUUGGAGGUGGGUCCAGCAGCAGCAGCGGUGCAGCCGCUUCGGGGAGUAGCUACGGGAAGCCAUGGACAAAUGGAGUAGGGGGGCACCAUAGUCAUGCCCUGCCUCAUUCCAAACCCCCUACUGAGAGUGGCAGUGGCAAGCUCUUGCCCUGCACAGGCGACUACAUGAACAUGUCACCAGUGGGAGACUCCAACACCAGCAGCCCCUCAGAAUGCUACUAUGGCCCAGAAGAUCCCCAGCACAAGCCAGUCCUCUCCUACUACUCAUUGCCAAGGUCUUUCAAGCACACCCAGCGCCCUGGGGAGCCAGAGGAGGGUGCCAGGCACCAGCAUCUUCGUCUCUCUUCUAGCUCUGGACGCCUUCUCUAUGCUGCAACUGCAGAAGAUUCUUCCUCUUCUACCAGCAGUGACAGCCUGGGUGGGGCUUACUGUGGGGCUAGGCCAGAGUCCGGCCUCCCACAUCCCCACCACCAUGUCGUGCAACCCCAUGGGCCCCGAAAGGUAGACACGGCUGCACAGACCAACCGCCGCCUGCCCCGGCCCACAAGGCUCUCCUUGGGAGAUCCCAAGGCAAGUACCUUUCCCAGGGUGUGGGAGCAGCAGCAGCCUUCGUUGCACCCUCCCGAGCCCAAGAGCCCAGGGGAAUAUGUGAAUAUUGAAUUCGGGAGUGGCCAGCCUGGCUAUUUAGCGGGCCCGGCGACUUCCCACAGCUCUCCUUCGGUUCGGUGUCCACCCCAGCUCCACCCAGCUCCCCGAGAAGAGACUGGCUCAGAAGAGUACAUGAACAUGGACUUGGGGCCAGGCCGGAGGGCAACGUGGCAGGAGAGUGGUGGGGUUGAGUUGGGUAGAGUAGGCCCUGCACCUCCAGGGGCUGCUACCAUUUGCAGGCCAACCCGGUCAGUGCCAGGUAGCCGUGGUGACUACAUGACCAUGCAGAUAGGUUGUCCUCGUCAAAGCUAUGUGGAUACCUCACCAGUGGCCCCAGUCAGCUAUGCUGACAUGCGGACAAGCAUUGGCGCCGAGAAGGUGAGCCUGCCCAGAACCACAGGGGCUGCUCCAUCUUCAUCCUCCACAGCCUCUGCUUCUCCUGCUGCACCUGAAGGCGCAGCUGAGCAGGCUGCUCACUCUUCUCUGCUGGGAGGCCCUCAGGGACCUGGGGGCAUGAGUGCAUUCACCAGAGUGAACCUCAGUCCCAACCAUAACCAGAGUGCCAAAGUGAUUCGUGCAGACACUCAAGGCUGCCGGAGGAGGCACAGCUCCGAGACCUUCUCAGCACCUACUCGGGCUGGCAACACGGUGUCCUUUGGAGCAGGGGCUGCAGUAGGGGGCAGUGGCGGUGGAGCUGGCGGUGGCAGCAGCAGCAGUGAGGAUGUAAAACGCCACAGCUCUGCAUCAUUUGAGAAUGUGUGGCUGAGACCUGGGGAUCUAGGGGGAGCCUCCAAGGAGACGGCUCAAGUGUGUGGGGCUGCUGGGGGUUUGGAGAGUAAUCUUAACUACAUAGACCUGGAUUUAGCCAAGGAUGUUAGACAGCGUCCUCAGGAAUGCCCUUCUCAACAGCAGCCCCUUCCACCCCCUGCCCCUCACCAGCCCUCACGCAACAACGAGGGCAGCUCCCCCAGACGCUCCAGUGAGGAUUUAAGCACCUAUGCCAGCAUCAACUUCCAGAAGCAGCCAGAGGACCAUCAAUAGCUCAACUGGACAUCACAGCAGAAUGAAGACCUAAAUGACCUCAGAAAAUCCUCCUUUAACUCAUGGGUACCCAGACUCAAACUGUUUCACAAUUCACAAGCAGGACCUCACGUCUUCCUCUUCAGUAGCUGGUACGAUGCAUCCAUUACAGUUUGUUUACUCUGUACAAUCCUCAGGAGUUCAUUGACUGAACUGCACGCUCUAUAUUGUGCCAAGCAAAAAGAAAGCACUGUGACACCGGGACAAUGAGUCUGCGUAAACUUCAUCUUGAACCUUAAGGACUUAGCUGGCCACAAUGAGCUGGUGUGCCCACCACCAUGCCGCAAGAGAAUGGGUUUAUUCGCGUCGCCUUUACAGCGUAUGUUUCAUCUACUCUGAAGCCGUGUUCCAUGAAACACCACUGUAAAUUAUUUCAUAUGGAACUGUUCACGUUGGGUGGAGAGAGUAUUAAAUAUUUAACAUAGGGUUUGAUUUAUAUGUGUAAUUUUUUUAAUGAAAAUGUAACUUUUCCUUACAGCGCAUCUUUUUUUUUUUUUUUUUUCUUUUGGAUGGGGAAAUGAGGUCUUCGAUGUUCUGUUGUAAAGAGGGGGGAAAAUUCUUUAAAGGAGGCUAAAAAAAAAGAGUAGUCUAUGGUAUGAACCUUGUUUUAAGAUUCUAAUUCAGAAAAAAUAAUAUAAGAAGAAUCAUAGAGCCAUAGAAGGUUCUGUACUGUAUAGUUAUACUUGCUGAUACUGUCUCUUGUAAUAUAAACUUGAUGUUGAGCUGAGUUCCUUUUAAAAAUUAAUCUUAGCUUUGUUUUUUUUUAAUUUUUGGUUUCUUUUGUUUUGUUUUUCAAACGGAAGGAGGAUGUAUUCUACUGGGAUGUUUUCAGUUGUCAGCUUAGAGUUGGUAAUUGAAUGGAAGCAAAAUUGCAAGAAAAGGAAACCACAGACUUUCAUUGUAUAUAUGUAGACAGAAGGAGACACGAGCGAUCCCUUCAAGUCAAAAGCUCUCUUUGGAGUGAAGAAUGUGGGUGUUUAUAAAUUCUGGAAAUGUUUUUCUGUUCAUAAUAAACUAGACACUGUUGAGCUCCCCCUCCCCACUUCUAUAAGCCUUUUGCUCCCACCCCCACCCUUUUCUCUGUGUACACAUCGUGUUUCAUUUCUUACAUUGUCUGGAGAAGGCUGUUAGGACAGUGUGUUCUUGCUAACUGGAAAUUAAAAUUCCAGGUCCUUCCUUCCUUCCUUCCUUCCUUCCUUCCUUCCUUCCUUCCUUCCUUCCUUCUUCCCUCCCUCCCUUCCUUUCUUUUUAAAGUCAUGACCAGGGCUCCAUGUUAUGUUCCCUAUCUCAUGUAUUAUGAGAACUUCCAGUAUUAUGUGUGUUUUAGAUGAAUGCAAUAGGCCCAUUUGCCCUGGUGUUUGCUGGGCUUUUAGCGGUUAUCUAAUAAAAUGCAGUUUACAGAGAGCACAUAAAAAUAUAGUGACCUGCCAUUGAGGCAUCUAGCCAGCAGUGAAAACGCUCGUCCUUUCCUUAUUUGGAAAGUCCACAUGUCUUGGAAUUUUUCCCUUCUCAAAUAGCAAUGGCAGGGAAUAUACCUGAAGAUGUCUCCUCCAGAAGUGUAAAUGAUCUCACCAUGAAACUUCCUAAAAAUACAGUGAAUUAAUCCAACAAUCAGUCUCCCUCUGAGUCCCUAUGAAUUUAGCCCUGCUUCAGGGGAGGAACGACUCUCUACUUCUGGGAAGGGUUGAGCUGCAUAGGUGGGGCUGCAAGCAAGGAGCAAGGGUUGAAAGGCAUUUCAGUGACCAUUGCCCUGAUCAACUGGUCAAGGAGCCCUUGCUCCAUUCAGAGAUAAACAGACCCCCGACUGCUGAGGCCAGGGUUAGUGCUCAGUCAGCCAGAUGGCAUGGACCUCACAGACUGUUGUACAAUGUUCAUUGUUGCAGAUCUUAAUCAUUUGCAUGCUCAUCAGUUUCUAAAGUAAAUAGGUCUCUAGUCAUAAGAAUACAUUGUUUUCAAGGAACUCUUUGGAUGACAUCAUUUGCUGUCAGUAGAAAAUCCCACUGGCUUUGAAAAAUCUGAUGUGAAAGUUGGUUUUUUACAAUUGUGUAAGAAAAGACUCUCAUUGUCAUUUUUAGUUUUUAAGCACUCUGACUCAAACUCUUCCUAAUGUAAGAAGAAAGCAAGCUGCUUGUUCUCUUUCCCCAAGGAUCUGAGUAACUAAAGAGAGAACAGUGAAUGAAGUCAGCCCCAAACAUUUGCCUGUAAAGCCGGCUAUAAUUUCUCACAGAGCCUGUACUUCACACCUCUGCAUGUGGGGUUAUUGCCAUUUGGGGUGAGAACAGAAAAGAGCAGAGUGGACAGUGGACUCCUAGUUUCUCUAUCUCUUGCUUUUUAUUGAGUCGAUAAUAGUGCAAAGGUAGCCAUUCUUGCUUCAGCUUCUUCUAGAGUUACCUGAGCUGGAUUUGAUGACAGCAUCAAAUGUGGCUGCCUUGGAACUGGAAGUUGCUGGUACCCAGGCUGAAUUCUCCUGCUCUGCCUCCUUGAAGGGUUUACUUUAAAAUCAUCAGCUGCUAAGUUCUUGUGUUCAAUUUCCUAUUUACAGGAGUUGGCUUUUUAGCUAUUUCCAAGUAUUUUCAGGUCCACCAAGGGUAUGUUAACAGGGCUUCUAGUGGCCUCUGGCUAAUGUGGAAGUUAGUGGCUUUUUCUUUACAUGACCAACCUUUCACAGAAUUCUUUCUUAGACUGAUUAAGACAGAGUUUUAAAUUCUCCUUUGUGAAAAGAACAAGUAUAUUCCCUGGCUGUGAUGAUACUUUUGUUUUGGACACAAUCUUAGCUCCAGAACCAGCUGGAAAUGAGGGGAUUCCAUUAAUGAUCAACCACCUGGGUCAAUAAUGAUCAAUCAAUACCGAUGCUCCAUGUGGGGCUACUUCUUGCUAACUUUCAAAGGUCAGGGCCACUCUGGACUAAUCUAGUCACUACAAAAGGUGGUCUACUCAAGAAUCAUCUAGCCAGAAAUAGAGAGGUUUGGCCUGUCUUCCCUAGGCUUUUGUCGUCUGUCUUUUAUGUGUGAGACAAAGUAUUAAGAAACAAUUUUACUGUACUGUAAGAAACAAUAUUUUAUAGUGCAGAAGUCCUAUUUGAUCAGCGGUACAUCCUGAAUGCAAUAUACCAUGUAGUUGGAAACACCUUUAAAACAGGUGACUUCAAGAUAGGGAAGGUGGCUCACCACCCCAAUGACAAUAAGAGCCAUGAGGGAUAGUACAGUUGUGACUUGCUGUGGCUGUGGGUGAUAAUGAUCCCAUAUUUACCUCAUGAUGCCUUGGCUGAGCUCUGCAGGUGAGAUGGUCAUACAAAGAGGCCCUCUAACAAGAUAUCAGACAUUAACACCACCACUGGGGAGAAAGGGCUUCUUUGGAAGGUACAUGGAGGACAAUUGGGGGAACCAAAUAAGAAAUAGUUUCUUUGUAGUGACAAGACAGGACUAACCAGUGCUGCCAGGACAGGGCGUGUGUUAGUUAGCAGGAGGUGAUGCAGUACUCAUAUAUAUGGGCUGCUGAGAAACUUAUAGCAAGCAGUCUGUUCUUGCAGGGGUGUGAGCAGUUAUAACCUUGUUAGUAGGAACAGGAAGAAUUCCAGGCUGGGCUGUAGGCUUAACUAGAAAUAUCGAAUACAGCCUUUCUUGUAGUUGGUCGAACCAAGUGUUAAAACACCGGGCCCUUGUCAUCCCUGAGCCCAGCCUGAGAUUGGGAAGGUUCUACUGGAGUUCUGUCCAUCAGUUUCCUCCAUGUGCCUGUAGAAAGUGUGGCUCAGCCGAUGUGUUGGGUAUUUGUCCCUCAUGACUUGCAAUUAGAGCACCAAAUAGAUGCUGGAAGGAGACUGAGAGGUGCUGGAGGUGUUUGGCCCUACUCUUAAUUAAGAGCCUAUAAUUAGCAAAUAUGAUUUUUAAAAUGUAUGACUUGGGUAAGGCAUUAUAUUAUCUCCCUUCCCCAGCUUAUCAAUGACUUGGCAUUUGUGAUGUCUGCACCAAGAGAUGGGUGUGUUAUCCCUUUGCCAUUCACCUGCUAUUUAAACCUCUCUGUGUCUAUACUGUCUCUUUCUCCAGUGUUAACCAUUAUGCCAUAUCAUAGAACAAAUUCACUACCCAGGAAAAUGUGUCUGUUUGCAUAUCCAUCUGUAGUGCUAGCAUUUUUUUUAGUCCAUUUUAGAACUUUGCCACUGGCCUAAGAAUAUAGUUUCCAGAAGAAUCUUUCUUGUGUAGUUACUUUCCUUAUACCUCUUGGCUACAGGGUGGGCCAAACGAAUGCCAUCAAGCUUUCCAUUUGCUGUGUGUGGUUUGGUUUAUCAUCUGAAGUUGGUGGUGCUAUUGACGGUGCUACUUCAUCUGUGUUCAAAAGACCGACGCAUGGUCUAUGUUGCUACCAAAACAUUUACUGUAUAUAUGUGGAUAACGUAUUAUGUAUAUAUGUAAUGGGUACCAGGCCAGGUUUAUAUUUUUUUUCCUUUAGAGGUGUUUCACUUUUCCAAGCUUUCUUUACAGUGUUAUGCUUGUGUUCAAUUCUUUUUACCCCCAAUUCUGUCUGGUACUUAGAAUUGUAGUGUCUUCAUCGUUAAUUAAAGAAAACUGUCUAAAUGAA